UACUAUAUAUCCGAAAAUCUGGAAACGUACGGAGCGCUUGGGUCGAUGGUAAGCUGUCACAAAACCUACGUUCCCUUUGAAAAUGUCCUACGGACGACUCAUGAUUUUUGAAACGUGACAUUCCAUUUAUUUCAGGCGGUGAUACUUCGGCAUAGCGAUUGAAGUGGUUGAGACCACACCAUUUGAAGUCUACGGUUCAUGACGACUGUUGGUACUGGUGCAAGUAUUGUUAUAACAAGAUAUCAUCAGUAUGAACAACAACUUUCUGCUAGUAGCCUCGUUCUUAAUGGCCGAUCCAACCACUGGUCGGCCCGAUCACAUCCGAUCCGAUGCCGCCGUCAGGGUCUCAUGAAUUCCUGAGCUAGGUUGAGGUUGAGCUUCAAGCUUCGCAUCUGAUGAACCUUCAAUAUUCUCGUUGGAUAGUGCAUUGACAAUGCGCUCCUGGCGAGUUGUGACUGUCAACUUCCAACAAGUCUUUUCACCAGCCCUCUGCAUCCGCCACCAUCUCCCAAGAACCGCAAAACAUACAUCGACCGCAGCCCUUCCGUCACGUCUCAUCCAACGCCGAACCUUCCAUGUCUCGCGUCCACGACAGAUGCCGGAAAUCUCGGCGGCGGCGGAAAUGAUCAUCGUACCCAGCCACUAUCUCCUCACUACACUUCAUGGCUUCGGUCUGCCCUGGUUCGCCGCCAUACCCGCCGGAGCCCUUCUUGUGCGCUGCCUCUUCCUUCUCAUCUCCGAGAUCCCUGCCGCGAAGCGCGCUCAGCGUUUGCACAACUACAUCCUGCCUGUAGGCUACGCGCGACAGCCAGUCGUCGCGGAAGAGACUCGAAGGCAGUGGUCCCGGGUGACGAGAAAUCGCGCGCUGAUCAAAAAAGAGGUAGAGCUAGCAGUGAGAAAGGAUGGAGAGCUGGUAAGGAAGAGAUUUGGCGCAGAUAGCUGGUAUCACGAACUAGCAAGGUUCGUGGCAUUACAAACUGGGCAGUUGGCCGUUUUCCUUAGCAUGGCAGAGACCGUGAGGAGGCUGUCGGGGGCGAAGAUUGGGCUUCUAGGCAUGCUUGCGAACUGGAGGUCUGGGUGGAAGCCUGAUGCCGUGGAUGGUGCGGUAGAAGCUGUCGGGACGACGGAUGCUUCGCAGAUUGCUGCUUCACCGGCAAUUGACGUUUAUUUCCCUCUUCAGACACUGGAUGACUGCAUCAGUGUACCUGCCAAGCCCUCAAUCGCAUCCACGAUAACCACAUCCGCGCAGCCCCACGAAUGGUUCGACCCGUCCAUGGCCACGGAAGGCUUCCUCUGGUUCACGAAUCUCUGCACCGCUGAUCCCUCCGCGGUCGUCCUGCCCGGUCUAGUAUGUCUCUCGAUGCUGGCAAACAUUCGCAUGUCGAGCGGAUUGCAGAGUAUACGCGAUACCAGCGGCCCGACUUUGGGCACCAGGAUUUUAUCACUUCUCAGCAUCGCUAUCUUCCCGUUCAUCAAGGACUUUCCGGCUGCGGUGCUGUAUUACUGGUUUUGUAGCCAGUUCUUUCUUGGGACGAGUAGAUUGUUGGUUCGGUGGUGGAUACCAAAGUCGAAUCCAGUGAAGUCUCGAAAGCCGCCGGUCGAUCCACCUUCCUUCAAAGGCUGAGGAAAAGAUACCAGCUGGCAAUAGAGUGAUGGCCCGAGUGGGUCUAUCUUCCAUGACGACUAGAUCUGGGAACGCUCCUCGAAUGCGAGGUAAGGGAGAUUGGCUUGGACUGCUGGAUACGUAUCAGCUUUUCCCUAAAUGGCUUCAAAGAGUCGCUUCUACGCCUGAGCUACGGACCGUGACCCAACCUCAUCAGCCACU